GUUUUGGAUCAGCCACCAGUGCAAUAGAGGUCUCCACAUGCUCUAGAGAAAUGACAACUCGGUAACUGUGAAAGAGGGCCGGGUACAUUUCCGUUUGCUGUCACAAUGGUCAGAGUGUGAUAAAAGAGUGUGGUUUCCUCUUAAGCAUGUGAGAGCUGAUGGGAACACUGUGCUGGCAGGGACAGGCUUCUGAAUUCAGGGUUCAGCCUCUGAAGAGUAUAUACAUUCUGCCGGUGGCAUCGUCCUACACUUGCUCAGGCUUUCCCUAUUGCUCAGGCCUUCCCUAGACCAGCCAAGUAUGGAGGCUGACAGAAAGAACCCGGUGGGGGAAUCCCCUGGGAAAGACAACAAAAAAAUGGACCUGUCCCAUAAAUUCUCUAAGAGAGAGCGCACCCUGCUAUAUGAAGAGGUCCUCUACACCAUUCUCCAUCGCUUGGGCAAACCAGAACUUACCCACGUUGCUGAUCCAGAUGAGCUGUACACAUAUGUGCAGAAGGCCUUCAAUAUGGAUCCAGAAGAGCAUGAUAUUCUACUACAGAGGGUCAAAGAGCUAGAGAAACCAAUUUUUUGUCUUAAGGCAACUGUGAAGCAAGCCAGGGGCAUUCUGGGAAAAGAUGUCAGUGGAUUCAGCGACCCAUACUGCCUCCUAGGGAUAGAAGAGAAAACUCGGGAUUCUUCUACCAGUGUUGGCUCCCGUCAAGAGAACAAAAAGCGAUCAAAGGCUGUGGUGAAGAAUCUGCUCCCUGAAGACCAGACUCACCGCACCCAAAUCAUCAGUCAGACUCUAAAUCCUGUGUGGAAUGAAACCUUUAUCCUGGAGUUUAAAGAUAUAGAGAACGCCUGGUUACAUCUAGACAUGUGGGACUCAGAUGAUGAUGUCGAAACUGUGCGCCACAAACUGGGAGAGUUAACAGACCUCCAUGGCCUGAAGAGGAUUUUUAAGGAAGCUCGCAAGGACAAAGGGCAGGAUGACUUUCUAGGGAAUGUGGUACUUCGCCUGCAGGACCUGCAUGGCAGAGACGACCGCUGGUGCAGGCUGGAACCUCGCACAGAAACCUACCCCAACAGAGGACAUUGCCACCUGCAGUUCCUUUUUAUGCAUAAGAAGAGAGCCACCUCAGCCAGCAAGACACAACCGAGCUACACAGUCCACCGGCACCUUCUUCAGCAGAUGGUUUCUUAUGAGCUUCUUCAGCACCAGGUGGGCAGCACUUCCUGGAAUGGAGAGUUGAGCAGACAUGCCAGUACAGUCUUGUAUCUGCAUGCUACACAAAAAGAUAUUUCAGACUUCCACCAGGUUAUGGCGCACUGGCUGGCUUACAGCAAGCUCUACCAGAACUUGGAGUUUGAUAGCAGCUGCUUGCUCCACCAGAUUACCAGCAUAGAGUACCAGUGGGUGGAAGGUCGAUUAAGACAGGAGCAGAAUGUAGAACUGGCUGACUCUUUUCAGUCCUUGCUGGCCUAUGGGAUUUCUCUCAUCCGGAAGUACCAGAUUGUCUUUCCGCUUUCUGCUCCUAAUUCUACAAAGAAGCUACAAUCACUGCUCAGAGUCUUGGUGCAGAUGUGUAAAAUGAAAGCCUUCAGAGAACUUUGUACAGAGACCCCCGACCUUCAGGAAAUGGUGACAGAGGCACUGAAGACUGGAACAGCAGAGUGGUUUCAGAUGAAGAAGCAACACCUGAAGCCGAUGGUAAAGACUAUGGAGGAGUGUGGGAAGGCCCUGGUCACUCUUCUUCUGGAGGUGAAUGCGGAUCUCCAGCGGAGCCACAAAACUUAUAACAAAUAUUUCACCAACACUGUCAGAGUGGACCUCUUCUCAAUUGCAUAUCUUGAAAUGCAGAAGCAGGUUUCCCAUUAUGUCAAGGAGCAGCUGAGAAAGAUUGACAGUGGCAUGUCCCAGCUCACAGCAGAGAGUCUUUUCCAGCUCUAUCUCAGCCUGCAGGAACUAUAUCGCAUGAAGGACCUUGUGUGCAACAGGGAAGGUCCUCUUGAACUGACAAAUUACCACCAGUGGUUCAAGGAAGCCAUCCCCAAGUGGCUCCAGAAGGCAUACACCAUAGCCUUAGAAAGGACUCAGAGAGCUAUCCAGGUAGACCAGCUGACACCACUAGGAGAGCUGAAUAAGCACAGCACAUCCACGGUGGACUUAUCAACUUGCUAUGCUCAGAUGGUAAAGACCUGGCAGCAACUGGACUGGCCGGAUCCUGAAGAGGCCUUCAUGAUCAUGGUGAAAUUUGUUGAGGACAUAUGUAAAAUUGCUCUGAUGUACUGCCGGCUGAUCAAGACAAGGGCAGAGGAAUUGUCAUCAAAGAAACACAAAGAGGGAGAAGCUGCAAACAGGCUCUGCGUUGUGGUGAACAACAUCGAGCAGCUCCGCAUGAUGAUCCUGAAGCUGCCGUCCCAGCUGGACUGGGCACGCCUGGAGCAGAAGACGGGAGCAGUCAUUGCGCCAGAGCAGAUCCAGCACACCUUGCAUCACCAGCUUCAGGCUACCGUCACUUGCCUCAACAACGAGAUCCGUGGCGUGGUGCAGACCCUGGCAAGCAAACUGCAUGCUGGAAUUGCCAGGCACAUCCAGGAGUUGUACACCUGCAGUGCUUCCAGGAACCCAGAAGAUUGCAUCACCCCUUUAAUGAUAUUUUUGGAAUGCGAGUUCCAGUAUCUAAGUGCGAACCUGGUCCAAGAGAACUUCAACAGCCUCUUGGAGCUGCUGUGGAUUCACACUCUGGACAUGCUGAAAGGGGCUGCAAAACAGCAACUUGGCAACUUGGCGUACUUCAAGAAAUUGCAGUUUGCCCUCAAGAACUUGGAGCGGUGUUUUCAUGGAGAUGGCUGUGGUCUGCCAGAGGAUACCCUCCACACUGCAACAUUUACAGCUCUGGAAGAAGAACUGGACCUCUGCUCUUCCACCAGCAGAAAUCUUAUCCAGAAGUACUUCAGUGCCCGAAUCCAGCAGCAGACAGAGGCUAGCCCUGAAAAAUACGGGGCUGUGACCAUCAAGGCCCUCUACCGCCACUCGGAACAAAAGCUGCGCGUCGAGGUGCUCAACGCUGUCAACCUCCUUCCCCUGGACUCCAAUGGCUUAAGCGACCCCUUCAUCCAACUGACCCUGGAGCCACGGCACGAGUUCCCCGAGGUUAUGACACGGACGACCCAGUGCAUAAAGAACAAUCUCCACCCUCUCUUUGAUGAAGUAUUUGAAUUUUUGGUCCCUCCAGAAAAAUGCCAACAGGAUGGGGCGUGCCUGUUGCUCACCGUGUUUGACUACGACACCUUAGGAGCCAAUGAUCUGGAGGGAGAAGCCUUCUUCCCCCUCUGCAAGGUGUUGGGGCUGAGUGAGGACGAGGAAACCAUCAACCCUUCCAGAGUGCCACAGACCCGAUUGUCCUUGACUCAUCCUGGAACUGCUGGUGCUGAAAUCCUGAAGCUGCUGGAGACCCGCAAAGGAGACAAGGAAGCCCAGGCAUUUGUGAAGCUCCGCAGACAACGAGCAAAGCAAUCCAAGGAGUCUGAGCAACAGCAGGAGCAACAAUAGGGGCUGCAACAGAAUGGACCGAGCUGAAAAGGUGCAGCAGGCAGGGCCUGUGCUGCCAUAGUGACAGCAAACCACACCAUGGAGAGCAGGAAGCCCUUCUUCCACUCCAGCUUUUUCUGCUGGUGCGUUGGAUGCCAGAGGGACAUGCAGCAUUUUAGCUUGGCCACAGCAGACCCUGGGGCUCUUUUGUCAGUGCAUGCUGAAGAGCAAGCUGUGUCUGGAUGAAUGUUUGAUCUGUUUCCAUUCAAGAGGCGACAGGAAAGGGUUGUGUUACCCACUCCCGGCCCCUUUCAUCCAUUCUUCAUCUGCAGUAAGGACUUCCCUUAUUUUAUUUUGAGAAAAAUGGAAAACGUGGUACUAUUUGAUGCUCAUACUGCAGGCUAAGGGAUGCUGUGAGCAAACACAUGCGCACAGUUGGCACGCAUGCAUGCACACGAGAACUGAGGAAGAGCCUGCCUGGCCCGCAAAGCUUGUAAUGUGCCCCUUGUGGAUUUCCUCCAGGAAAUGCUUUACUCUGUUCGCCAGAUGGCAUGGAAAGCAGGCAGCCUGGUACACCAGAAAGCCAAAGGGUGGGGUGGGGUGGGGGAGCAGAUUUUGGUGAGUUAAAAAACAAACAAACCACCCCAGACCUGUGAUCACUAAUCUCUACUACAGGAACUGGCACUUCCUUCUGAUUUAAGCAUCACUGACUUAAAAAGGAAUUAAAUGAAAGAGCCGCUGGCUGUACGCUGCAAUGGAUUCUAUGCCCACUCAUCUCCAGGGCACAAUUCUGAUUAUCACAAAGAAGGCACAGAUGUUGCUGGGGAGUGGAAACUCUUGCGAUUUAAAGCAAGAGAGGAUUUAAUUGAAAAGAAAAGCCGAAUCUUCUAUGAACAGUGCUGUUGUUGCUUAUUACCUGUAAGCUGUGCUUGGCUUUGAGGAAUUGAUGGGAGCAUAAGACUGCUGCAAUCACCACCACCACGGUUAGAAUUUCACCUCCAUUUCGGCAGUACCGUAAGGCUUGUGAAGUGUUACUGUGAACCCUGACCUCCAGGUAAAUCUAGGGACAGCCUAGCGUAAGCUUUGAUCAUAGCACUGCAGGAAGCAUUCCCAUCUUGUUACUCCCACCCCACUCCUUUGCAGCCAGGUGUUUCUGCUGCCAGUGAGGCCAGGUCUUUACAGCAAGGAUGGGGAACCUGGACCCCCCACCUCCCAUCAUCCAUAGCAUUGGCCAUGCUGGCUGCAAGUUGGGAGUCUGACAUCUGGAGGGCUACAGGUUCCAUCCCCACUCCUGCUCUACAACUUAAGUUUUGCUGUUUUUCCUAGAGCAGAUCGUUGUCAGUGUGGUGGUGGUAGAUUUAGCCGAGGUUUCUGUGCAAGGGGGAACUUACUCAGUAGACUGUAGUUCUCAGCUGGUUUCCUCUCCCAUCAAGAGGAAUUGCUUUCCUGUAAGUGAAAAGGACAACUAAAGGAUUAUGUGAGGCUAAGGCAUGCUAUUUCUGUCACAUUGGCAGCUAAAGGCUGUGAAAGAAACCAAGCCAGGCUCUCGUUUAGUUUGGGCGGGGUGAGCUCUGAGCAAGCAGAAGCGUUUCCUAUUUUACAACUGUGUGUAUGUGCAUACAUUCCUGUGGGUAGAGCUGAAUGGAGGCAUUUUUGAGCAUCUUAAAUAUGUAGUGCUUUAAUGCCUUUCACUUACUACACGAUCUUUGCAGAGGAGAGAAAACCCGAGAGCAUCCUCUAUAUAGAGUACAGCUGCUGGGUGUCUUAUCUACUAACCCCCCAUCACUUAUUCUAUAAUGUGUUCCAGUUUAAAUUGGUGAAAACAGUGUAAUAAGGGGACAGUAGCAUUCAGUGGCACUCGUAGUAGGGAGGGAAAGUGAGUAUGAAAUCAUCUCAUUUCCUUUUGUAAAGGCCUGUAGAAAGCAACCUCUGCAGAGGCAGAUAGAGUAGUUGCAGGAGGAAGGGAUGUAGCAUAAGUCCUGCAUUGAUUCAAAGCAAGAGCGUCCUCCUUUAAGCAUCCUGGUACCACAAAUGGCCAACCAGAUGUUUUGCACAGCCCACAGCAGGGUGUGAAAGCAACAGCACCACCAACCCUGUCCUUUACUGUUUGCAUCCCCCUCCAAUUCUGCAAAUGGAAGUGUAACUAAGAAGUGUGGCAGUGCAACAAAAUGUGGCACUUCUGUUCAGUGUUCCAGUUACUCCAUUCCCUCUUUUAAAACCAUUUCAAGCCCACUGGAACAUGCUCAGCCUUCAUUGGCCGGUAUUGGAUCCACCCUGCAUUUGGAGUGUUGUUGGUGUGGUGGUGGUGGUGGAUACACUUGUGCCCAAUUCCAGUCUUGGAAUGCUGUGGUCUUCCCAUUGAUUUACAUGGGCUGCUCUCACUUCUGUCACUGGGAACAUUUAAAAUAAUUACUCAGGGUGGAACCAGCAAUUGAAUAACCUGGAUAAUCAGGUUUCCUUUUCGGUGUGUGUCGCCAAAUCCCUAUUUCAUGGAGAUUGUGCAGGUUUGUGACUGUAUGAAUAAAAAAACUGAGAGGACAGUAUACUACUUCUGAACCUGGGAGUUUUGUUUAGACGUCACAGACAUCAUGACUACAGUCCCCGCUGCUAAACAUGGCCUCCAUAAAUUUGACUAGGCCUGCAUUAAAAUGAUUCAACCAAAGAAAGGGUCAGCACAUUUUGUGGCUCAAGUGCCAUAAAUCAUGCGCUGUAGGUGGGCUGGGUGAUGUCAGCUUUUUGCCCGCCAAACACUGUGGUGAUAUACCGAGAUGUUGAAAAAGCAAGCUGCAUUGGCCUCUGCCCGUGAGGCACCUGGUGAAACUGCCCCAGCUCUCACCUCGGGAACUAAUGCGGUUUCACCCAGGCGCUCCUGCCGCUCACAGGUGAACAGGCAGAGCAUGGGGGCUCCUUUAACUGCUCGGCUGAGGCAAGGGCAGCUGUACACUCCUCAGUUGAGCAGUUUAAAGAUGCAGAGGGAGGAGCAAGCUGUAUUGGCACCUCGCCAAUACAGCUUGUUUCUCCAUCUGCAUCGUAUGAGGGCAGAGUACA